UCAAUGUUUAGAUAGUGAGUCCUGCUAUUUGCAAAUGCUCCACUCUGGUAACGAUGUACUGUACAACAUGGGCUGUCAGAACAAUCAGUUAUGCAGUUCUUCCGUUGAUCCCAUCGGUAUCAUCGGUCGCUCUAUCCAGUCCCUACAGCAGUAUUCUUGUCAUGAAUGCUGCAGCAAUAACCGGUGCAAUGAUCAGCUAUGUAAACACAGAAAACCAACAUCAUGCAUUGACGACGCAACACUGGACUGUUCCCGUCUGAACUCCAUCAUCAACGUUUGUGCUGAUGUUCAUCACGCCAAAACCAUUUGUCCAAAGUUUUGCGGACUCUGUCAGCUCGUUGAUGGCAACUGGGGAGACUGGGGGGAGUGGUCUUUCGUGUAGUAACGGAACGAAAACACGCACACGUACCUGCUCGAACCCGCCCCCUUCCAACAGUGGACUCAACUGCACCGGGCCUAAUGUUGAAUCAAAAAUAUGUGCGAACCAACUAUGUCCGGUACACGGAAAUUGGUCAGAUUGGUCCAUGUGGUCAAGUUGCUCAGCUACUUGUGGUGUGGGAGUACGAAAAAAAAAACAAGAACGUGCACGAAUCCUACACCAGACC